UUUUUUUAAAUAAAGUUGCAAAUCUGGGGGAUUUUUGUCAGUGUUUUGGGGGUAUUCUGUUUGAUCCACCUGGCAACCCUGAUUUCCCGUUUCGUCAUCGACCACUCGCCUUCCACGUAGCUUCAACUCAAGCACUUGUAAAUAAUGAUAAAAAAAUAACACAUAUUGUAUAUUAUAUCAGCUCAAACAGCAAGCUCGAAAUAGGUCAACAACUUCACAAGUGGGAAGAUGUGCUUAUCUUUAUCAACAGUGUUAUAGAAACAUAAUGUACCUAAUAAUUGUACACAGUGUACCGGUGUGAUAACCAAGCAAAUAUGUGUUCCUUAGAUGAAAUCAAGAAAGUGUUAAGUGAAGCAAAACAGUAUCAUUUACUGAGAUUCUGGAAGGAACUAACCGAAGAAGAGAAGCUCAAUUUCAUUCAAAAUGUGUCUAGUAUAGAUUUCCCCUACGCUGUAAGGGCAUUCGACCAGGCCGUCAGCUGUUUGGCAGAGAACAGAACCGGGCUUGAGGCAAAGAUGAGACCGGUGCCUGACAAGCAGUUUGAUUCUGUAACUUGUGUUAGUGAUGGGGUUGUGAGAGAAUAUAGAGAUAAAGGGUUGAAAGCUAUUGCCGAGGGUAGUGUGGGUGUGUUGCUAUUGGCUGGAGGGCAAGGGACGAGGUUAGGCGUGACGUAUCCAAAAGGUAUAUUCCCUUUGGAUCUGCCCUCUGGUAAAACCCUCUAUCAAAUCCAAGCGGAACGGAUACGAAAAGUCAUAUCGCUAGCAGAACAAAAGCAUUCCAAACGAGGCAAAAUCUUCUGGUACAUUAUGACAAGCGAAGCCACGCACAACGACACCGUCGACUAUUUCGAAAAACACGAAUUUUUCGGUUUGGAAGAAGAAAAUGUGAUAUUUUUCAAACAAGGUUUGUUGCCUUGUUUCGACUUUGACGGAAAUAUUCUGCUGCAAGAAAAGGAUACAGUUGCUCUAGCACCAGAUGGUAAUGGAGGAUUGUAUCUAGCAUUGAAGAAACACAAAAUCAUUGAUGAUAUGAAGAACCGAGGCGUUAGAUAUAUACAUGCAUAUUGUGUUGAUAACAUUCUAGUCAAAGUGGCUGAUCCAGUAUUUUUAGGGUACUGCAUCACAAAGAAUGCCGAUUGUGGGGCUAAAGUGAUAAAAAAAGAGAUACCAUCGGAGCCCAUUGGGGUAGUAUGUGAAAUUGAAGGGACCUUCCAAGUGAUUGAGUACAGCGAAAUUAGUCAAGAAACUGCAAAUUUAAGAGACAACGAUGGCAAUUUAGUAUACAGGUCUGGAAAUAUUUGCAACCAUUUCUUCACAGUCGACUUCCUGGAAAAAGUAUCAGAAAUACACGAGAGUGAACUGCCCCUACAUGCAGCGAAGAAAAAAAUACCGUACAUUGAUGAUAAUGGUGCUAAGACAACGCCAACAAUUCCCAAUGGGAUCAAAAUCGAAAAGUUCAUUUUCGAUGUUUUCAGGUUUUCUGACAGGUUUGUAACUUGGGAGGUUCACCGUCACGAAGAAUUCAGCCCUCUGAAAAAUUGUGAAAGUGCGUUGAAAGACUGUCCUUCAACAGUGAGAAGAGACUUAUUCGAUCUGCACAAGAAUUACGUUGAAAAUGCAGGUGGAAAAGUUGACGGUGAUAUCGAGAUAUCUCCACUUCUGUCUUAUGAAGGAGAAGGAUUGGAGGAUGUUGUGCGGGGCAAAGUUUUCAAAGAUAGGACCGUGUUAUUUGCAGAAUGUGAAUAGCAUAAGUAUUUUAUUAUGAUAAAAUGGGGUAUGAAGUACAAGAUUGUGACACUAGUAGCUUGUUUGUAUUUUCAGUGUCAGCUAAGAAAAAUAGCUUAUUUUAUUUUGAUAUUCAUUAUGCCACAAGACUAUAUGAUAUGUGAUAUACAGGGUGCUUCAGAAAGACGUGUCAAUAUUUCUAGGGUAGAAAGUACAUCUACGCUACUGAUUCAAAAUCAUACACGCAUAGAUAGAUAGUUUUUAUUUGUUCUAGAAGUAACAGACAAGUUACAAUAAAAUAAGCUUAGAGCUAGCUACAAAACAUUGUUAAAAAUUUUACAAAUUCUUUACAAUGCCAUCGUUUUAAACCUAUUCAUACAAGUCGAAAGGAGAUAUCCAGCUAAGACAAAAACAAACAACAACAACAACGUUUCGUUAUUCCUAAAUACUCAGGCUGUUGCUAAUAUCAGUAAAAAAAUUCAGCUAGCGAAUAAAAUGCCUUUGCUGAUAAGUCUCACAUCGACCAGUGGGAGGUUCCGAACAGUUUCAGGGAACGCGUUAUAUACAGGGUGGCGCAUCGAAAACGAAACAGACGCAUUGACUGGCAGCUCAGUUUUUUUUUUUUGGAAAAAAACCCUAAAAUCUUAAAUGGAAAGGGGGGUCGAGUGAUACCUUAUUUGAAAGGUCUUUCAAUUUCCUUUAUAAUGAUAUAAAAUUAAUGUACUUUAGUUCAGUAGUUUUGACAGUUUAUUGAUUUAAAGCUUAAAUAAAACUAAUACAUCAUUAGUGGAGAUCAAUACAUUUGGCAGCAAAGUAAUUUAAAAAUGAAGAUUGAACUGACCCAUUAGGCAAGUACUUAAAUGUUGAAAAUGGCCACCAUGACUCUCCAUUCAAUAAUAAAGAUUUUGCUCAAAACGUUGACGCACAUUUUGCAAUAUUUGAGGAGUAAUUUGAAGGCACUCAUUCACAAUUCUUUGUGGCAGGCCUUCUAAUGAUGUUGGCUGAGUAGCAUAGAUUUUGCUUUUUAAAUGACCCCACAUAAAGAAAUCCAAAAGUGAUAAAUCUGGCGAUCUUGGGGGCCUUUCAAUGGCACCUCUUCUACCAAUCCAUCGAUCUGGAAACGUCAGAUCUAAAUAUUGUCGAACACGUAAUGCCCCAACUAACAAUUAUCACUCCUAUUAGAGUUGCAAGAAUGAUUAUACAGUAUUCCUUAAACAGCACUGAAUACUGUAAGAACAUUGGCAAAACCCUCUUAGAACAGCUAUACAAGCGGAAUGGGCACAUCUAAUACUACACUUCAGUCAUUUAAGAGGUUGUAUAAGGCCUGCAGGUAACAAUUAUAAAACAAAAGUGUAAGCCUCUUGCAGCCGCUAUAGGACAUUUGCGUCAGUGCAAGAUUCAAUUUUUGUCAACUAUACAACUAUUCUGUUACGUGAUUCUACUUUAUUGCAACCAAACUAUUUCUUAUGUAUUGUAUGAAGAAUAUAUAACUAACACAUUACAGUCAUCUUGUUUACUUACAUAUCUGCCAUUGUGAAUUUCAUACACAGGUAUAUGAUAAACUUCUACACUUUGAUAUAGGGCUAUUGAAUUACUUGCGCAGCAAAUUUUAUUGUGAUCAUCGUGCAAAUUAGUUACCCAAUUUCUACGGGCUUCGUAUUUGAUUCAUAUUUUGACAAUGAUUAAAAGUAUGUCUAGAUUUUUAAGAUGGAAAACUGAACUUAUCUGCGUUAAAUCUUCCACAAAUCCUAUAUUUAGACACAAUUACACUAAUUUUUAUCACUUUAUAUCUGUAAUUUCGAACUGAAACAUAAUUAUUUAAUAUUAAAUAGAGGAAUAAAUGUUCGCCCAAUAUGGCGGGUGGUUGUGUACAAUCAUGGCACCGUCCAUGUUGUCUUUAGGUUAUUAGAAUAUUUUGGUGUUGCCUGCAGGUGUUAUACAACAAUUUGACAAAUGUCUGAAAUGAAAUACCGACAGAGUCGAAUGAUUUACCCAGAAUUUGUACCAGAUCUAUAUCUUCUGUUUGAACAGUUGAUAAAACCUUUUGAACCAAUAUGCAUGAGUUGUUUGUCUUAAAACAUUGGUUAUGGCAUUUUAAUAAAAAUAUGACAGCAGAAAGUUAGGUUAUGGUGAAGUUGUUUCCCAACAUAUUUAGCAUAUGUACAGUCUUUAACAGAUACUAAACAACAGUUGUAUAAGUGCUUCCGUUGGGAGCAAUUUGUUGGCUAAAGUAGUAAAUUACACAGCAAAACAACAAGGCUCGGGUUUGUUUUAUAAACGUUACCAUGGAUGCCACAACACAACCAUUUUGACUAACUUGCAAAUAUGCCGUAUAAAAUAGUUGUAUAAACGUUUAUGCAACAGUUAAAAAUUUGCCCUAUAAGGUGUUGUAUAACUAUGCUAUAAGAAUAUGUUAAACACCUCAUUUUAAGCAAAUAUGUUGCAGAAAGCAAAUUUGCAUUCCACACAACAUUAAGCCAGCAUUUUGGUCUUCAGGCAACAACAAUAGAGAGCUUUUAUGGCUGAACGGUUCUUUUACCAAAAGCUUAUACCACUACUUUGCUAGUUGGGGCGUAAUGUGGUGGGGCACCAUCCUGUUGGAACAUCAACCUAUUCGCAAUGUACCGCCGAUCAUUCCGAUUUUCAAUUAUGGCUGUUAAUGCAGGAUCUAUGGCGUCUUCCAGUAAUUCCAAAUACAUUUCACCGGUCAAAUUUCCAGGUAAGAAAAAAGGACCAACUAAAUGAUCGCCAAAAAUACGAGCGCAAACAUUUAGUUUUUGUGGCUGCUGUGUAUGAACCUCAUGAUAAAUUCUGGGAUUAGAAUCGGACCAAUAUCGGCAGUUAUGAUGAUUUACUAAGCCAUUUAAGAAAAAGGAACAUUCGUCGGAAAAGCAAGUGUUGAAUAGAAAAUGUUCAUCGUUUAUAAUUCGUUCACUCAUAUCUUCACAAAAUUGUAAUCGCCGAUCAAAGUCGUCUUCAUUAAGUUCUUGUACCAUGUGAAUUUUAUACGGAUGAAAACUAUGGUCCUUUAGAAUCCGUUGGACAGUACGUCUAAUAACACCACUCACAGUCUCCAAUUUGCGGGUACUUAACGUAGGAUCUACAUAAACUUGCCCUAAAACCCCCACUUCUAUUGCUCCUUAUGGGAUUUUCAAUGUUGCUUUUUUUAUUGGCGCCUGACCCAGUUUCCCGAAAUUUAGCUACAAGUUCUAGAACAUAUUUUUGAUGCACGUUACUGUUCUCAUGUCGCUCAUUAAAUAUUUCUGCUGUUCUAUUAGCGCACUGAUUAUUUCCGAAAAAUAUUUCGAUAAUUUCAACACUUUCUGCUGUGGAAUAUACCAUGGUUAAUUUAUGUAAUAAAGCGUUACAAGUUAUUUUAGCAACAAAGUUUGGUCAAAUCAAUCGCAAACUAUGUACUAAAUUCCUAUUUAAAAUAAGUACGAGAUAUUUCCUUACCUUUCUUCAAGAAAUAAGUUUUUUGUCACAAAAAAAUGCUCCAUAGCUAUUUUCAACAACAAAAUGAUAAAAAAAAACCAUAGGCGUAGUGAAGAAAAGCAUUUACUUAUUAAGUAAAUUCUUUUAGUCAAAUUUCUUCUGAAAGUUCUGAUGUACCUAUUAAACGCUUUACGCUUAAACCUUUACGCUUUAAACCAAUAAAUCUUCAAAACUACUGAACUGAAGCUCAUGUAUUUACAUCAUUAUAAAGGGAAUUGAAAGACCUUUAAAAUAAGGUAUCAUUCGACCCCCCUUUCCAUUUCAGAUUUUAGGGUUGGUGUCACCCCCGCCCAGGGAGCUGCACGUGUUAACGUGAUUUUUUGCCUUGUGUCCCUCUCGAAAACAAAAUCGACGGGUCUGAGCGUUUUUCAAAAAAAAAGAACUGAGCUGCCAGUAAAUGCGUCUGUUUCGUUUUCGAUGCGCCACCCUGUAUUUUAACAAUCAUGUACUGUCUUUUGUAUAAUAUAUUCUAUAAUUACAUUUGUCAGGCAUAAGAAUAUCUUAGAAUGUUACAGCAAAUAUUCAAACCGAAAUAUCUCCAAAACGAAUGAUCUGACAAAAAUUCCUUAAGAGACUAAAUUUAUUUAAAAUUGAAUGGUGUUUUAUAAAAGGGCCAGCGGCUUAAAAAAUAUUUCUUACUAGGGGUCCAGGUAUCCCAGUGUUUACGUUCCUGGUUUAGUUUGAGCCAGGAAGCUCUGUGUGCUUAUUGCUGAUGAUGUGCUCAGUGAACGUGAACUCUUUACCCGCUCCGUAGUUUUCUUUUAAAUUCCGUAAAUAAUACUUCAUCGCCUUGUAUCUCGGUAGGGAAGCAUCUUUAUUUAUAGAGACUUUUUUGUUAUUUUUUUAUGUACUUUCUACCCUAGAAAUAUUGGCACGUCUUUCUGAAACACCCUGUAUAUCACAUAGAGAGAUGAGGAUCUAGCGUCUCCCAAUGUUUCUUCAUACCCUUUAGUAUGUUGUUAUGAUUAAAAUCAGUAUUUAUUGUUAGGUAUUUUAUUGAGAAUAACCAAAGGUGACGGAUAAAAAAUUACCUUCAAAGCGCCAACGUAUCAUACACAUAUUUUUGAGAUAUAUACUACAGAUCUAGUAUCUUAAAAAUUAUAUUUUAAUUUGGAAAUUAUAACAAAUGUUCUAUUGCUAACUUUCCGGUAUGACAUUUUGAUAACUUUGGGCAAAUUAUAAUUUAAACAAAUACAUUUUAUACUUUUAUGGUAAUAAAUUAUCUACCCAAG